AGUGGCAUAAUUUGAAAAAGCGGCCUUCGUCUGGCUAAUUAUCGUUAGUUCACAUUAUUUCCACUCUGAUUUAAAAACGGCGAAAAUAAAUCGUUUUUUCAAGUUUAUAUUAAAUAAAUUAAUCAAGCAACAUUGUUGAAGCUGGUAACAGUAGCGCGGUGCGACUGUGAGUGUUGUGUGGUAUUGUGCGAAAUAUUGGCGUUUUGUAAAAUGCGUUUUCCUAUUGUUAUUAACCGGGAAACUUAUUUAUUACAGAUCGUCCUUAGCUGGCUGCAUCCAGUCACAAUGCUACGGCUAGCCGUCUAGCAAUCCUCCGUCCAGUUGAACGGAGUGGAGCUAGCUGACUGUUAGCUUCGUGUCAGCGCUAGCUAGCAACCUGGGGCUGACAUUCCGUGACAAGGGGAAAGUGAAGAAAAUAACUCGAGUGACGGAAAACACCAAGUCAGGAAAUUACACAGCAAACGUCUGCCUCUGUUCGACGCGUAGCGCCUUUGCAUGAUUUGUUUAAAUGGGUAACUUGAGUAAUUUACAUAGUUUAAACGUGUUGGUGGCCUCUUCCUAUGCUCCGCCAUUUUGUAUAAGACGAAUGCUAAUCAUGGGCGCUCCUACAUGCACUUUAUUCAGGGAUAGAAUAAAAUUGAGGUAUCAUGUGCAAAGUCAAACUUAGUCAAGGUCCUUAAGCUCGGGCUGUUGUUUACUUUUCACAUGGUUACGACCACCAUGCAAACAGACAAUAUCGCCUUAAUUCAGUGUUGAACAUGCGUCAAGACUAAAACGUUAUAUCGUAAUAUUAGUCUGAUUAAAACGCUUUUAAGUUUGGCCAGUCAGUGCAGGAGACAGUGUUCUCUUUAAAAUGGAUAAUCAAAUGACCGUCUCGCUUGUUCAUAGCAAGGCAAACAGCCGGUUUUAAGAGAUACUGUUAAAACAAGGAAAAGAUGAACUUGUGUGGUUAACUUCAAGUUGAGACAUCUUUCCUCGUGUUUGUCAAUGAUCCUGAUGAAGGUUCGUCCCAUUGGGACCGUUUGUGCGCGUGCAGCCCCGUUAGAUGACCAGCAAAACAAUAUUAUUAUUGACUGUUUUGUCUGAAAUCGAAGUGCAUGGUGUAUCCUAAAGCCAGCACACCGUCGCCAUCUAGAGGCGAUGUUGGGUAAUUCUGUUUACAAGUGCAGGUAGACACUGCGUUUUGUCGUUGGGAGCACCUUGUAGGUAAAACCAUACAGAGGGGGGCUGCUUCACUGUGGUAAUCAAACCUAGUCAGCACAAUAGACGGAGAACAAUGUCAUGAUUUAAAUCAGAGAUGUGGACUGAACCUUUCUCGUCAACCCCCUGGUACAUUUUGGUCCCCUGUAAUGUUUUUGUGUCAGUUGUCAGGAUAUGACAAUGUCUGUAAUGGGACUGUCGUUGUGUCCGUGCAGGUUGGGGAUAUCAUAGGAGUGGGAAUGACCGACACUCCACCCAGUGAUGGCCCCUCCCAGGGUGCUGAGUUUGAUAUGAUGGGUGCUCUGGACUGGAAGGACGGUAUUGCCACGCUGCCAGGCAGUGACAUCAAGUUUCGCAUGACAGAGUUUGGGACGCUUGAGAUUGUCACAGACCUAGAAGUCAAAGGGCAGAAGGCAGAGACCUUGGACCCAGCUCAGUCUCACACUCCUACCCCUCCACCAGAGGGCCAAUCACAGACCGGCAAAGCCACAGCUCCGGCCAAUCGCAGUCAGCCAGGCUCAUCUCACGGUAAAGCCCCCGGUCCUGUGCUUCUGUCUUUAGAAGAGGGUCCUAGUAUGGAGGGCCCCAGUGUGGAAGUUGGUCCCAGUGUUGAGGUCGGCUCGAGCGCAGACACGGGCCAAAAUGGGGAGUUGUCGAGGUGCCGGGCCUGUGGCAGCCGCGUUCCCCGAGACGCCCUCCUUCAGGGCAAAUUCUGUAGCUCCAUUUGUGCGCAGCCCUCCAGCGGCAGAUCGUCCCCGGGGGAAGCGAGGGAGAGUCAAGCAGUUGAUGGCGAGAGGCUGGGCAAACGUGUGCGCAAAAAGAGGAAGAUCUAUAUGGAUUCUGGUGAUGAAGAGGAAGACAACCAAGAGGAACCAGAGGAAAAGGCCAAAACUACCAAAGGAAGGAGAGGUGCCAAAAUUGCCAAACUGGUGACGGCCCCGGGCAAUAAGAAACGGGCUUGGAGCUGGCCGUCUUACUUGGAAGAAGAGAGGGCCAUCGCUGCUCCUGUUAAACUAUUCAAAGAGCAUCAGUCGCUUCCUCAAAGCAGGAACAGUUUUAAAGUGGGAAUGAAGCUGGAGGGGCUGGACCCGUCUCACCCGUCCCUGUUCUGUGUGCUCACUGUCGCAGAGAUACAAGGCUAUAGGGUAAGGCUCCACUUUGACGGUUACCCAGAAUGCUACGACUUCUGGGCCAACGCCGACUCGUGGGAUAUGAAACCAGCCGGCUGGUGUGAGAAGAAUGGGCAUAAGUUAUUGUUGCCUAAAGGUUGUAAGGAUGGAGAGUUUAAUUGGAGCAUGUAUGUGAAGAACUGUCGGGGUCAGCUGGCCCCAAAACACCUUUUCAAGAGUCUCAACACAUCUGUGACUCCGUCUGGAUUCAGAGCCGGGAUGAAGCUGGAGGCGAUUGACAGGAAGAACCCGUCUUUGAUCUGUGUAGCAACCAUUGCUGCUGUUGUUGACAACCGGCUGCUCAUUCAUUUUGACAACUGGGAUGACACGUAUGAUUAUUGGUGUGACGCUAGCAGUCCAUACAUCCACCCUGUGGGAUACUGUGAGGAAGCUGAACUUACUCUGACCACUCCAGCUGGUAAGACACAGACCAAGACACACGUGGAAUAUAAGCAGCCCAAGAGCUUCUCAUGGGAGAAAUACCUGGAAGAGACGGGCACACAGGCGGCUCCUGCUCGCGCCUUUAAACCGCGACCUCCACAUGGCUUCCAGAUUGGGAUGAAAGUGGAAGCCGUGGAUAAGAGGAACCCGAUGCUCAUCCGUGUUACGACAAUAGCGGACACAGAGGACCACCGACUGAAGAUUCAUUUUGAUGGCUGGAGCUCAGAAUAUGACUACUGGGUGGAGACGGACUACCCUGAUUUGCACCCUGUAGGGUGGUGUCAGAAAACGGGACACCCGCUACAAUACCCAAACGGCUCCAGUGAUUUAGUGACUGCCCCAGGACAAGGUUGUCCUACCACAGGAUGCAACGGGGUUGGCCACAUUAGAGGACCUCGCUAUGGGACCCACUACACUCAGGUGAGCUGUCCCUAUUCGGAGAUAAAUCUGAACAAGGAGGGCUUGCUGCCAGACCGCCUAAGUGGAGAACGACCUCUCGCCCUCAGUGGACCUCAUCCACGUGGGCGCCGCCCUGAUCCUCAAACAAACACCACGACACAGACCUCCUCAGCGCCAGACCAGCUGGAAGGAGCUGAAGACUCCCAGAACAGGAAACCGACGACAGUGGAGGCUGAGCGUUUGGGACGUACCACUCAGCCAGAGCCACCGGGGGGAGCCAGUGAGCAGAGCCACAAUGGAACAAGGCCUAAACGGACCGCUCCAGUUCCCAAAUACCUGAAAAUGCACUACGUGAAAGAGGAGAUUGGGGAUAGCAAAGCCUCUCCGGACACCAUCUCUCUCCAGCAGGCCCUCCACGAGUCUGUGUUCUCCCCUGGCCUCUCUGCCUCCCCACCCCACCGGGUGGCUCUCUGCUGGGACAAACACUGCCAGCUGCUGCCCGAGGUCCUGGGGCUGACUGCCAAGAGAGUGGCCACUUGGAGCGCCGAGGAGGUGGCCACUUUUGUCAAAGGACUUCCAGGAUGUAAAGAACACGCUGCUACGUUUAAAACAGAGCAAAUAGAUGGCGAGGCCUUCCUGCUGCUCACCCAAGCGGACAUCGUCAAGAUCCUGUCCAUCAAGUUAGGACCGGCCCUGAAGAUCUACAACUCCAUCCUCAUGUUGAAGAACGCAGACGAAGAGUAAGACUCUAAAGACUGACGAGGAAUCCCUCCCUCCUUACCGGCCCCUCGACACUCAAGCUGUGAGACGUUUGAUAAAAUCAGCCCGAGCAGGUUUCUAGUGUCGAGCUCCACAUCACAGAGAAAAUGUCCGUCCCUCCCCCGUCCCCCCGUCCCCCCUCCUUUGUGGAACGUACUGAUCAACCUGAGGGAGGGUGUUACAGGAUUCCGUGAGGAUUCCUCCACUCAUAUCGUGUUUGUUUACUAAAUCAUAAAAAAAAAGAACUACAGGCACCUUCAAUGCUCCUUAACAUUGUACAGUUUAUGAAUUGGAUUUAGGGUCACGAUUCUGUUGCAGUCCCUGUUUUUAUUUGAACUGUAAUGGUGCUUGAGCUGCGAGCAGAUGGAACAAGCGUGUUUGUGCUUUGUUGCAUUUUACUUGUCAAAACUUCUUUCUUUUUUUUUUUCUUUUUUUUUCUUUUUUUUUAAAGCUGCAAAAUACAAUCGUGAGGUGGCGAGAGGUUUUUAACAAUGUGAAACCCAGAGGAACAGAAGCACUAUGUAGUUGAGCCUUCCUCCUCUAGAUGGAGGAAGUGGGCCGCUCCACAGGCCUGAAGGCAAAACAGUUUGAUUCAAUUGGACUGAAGCUUAGAUAGAACGGGGGAUGGUAAAGACGGUGUGUGUGUGUGUGUGUGUGUGUGAGAGAGAGAGAGAGAG